AUGGAGCCGGCCCGGGAGCCCCCCGCGCGCGCCCGGCCGCCGCCCCCCGCCGCCCGCCCCGCGCCCGCGCCCGCCGCGCCCCGGCCGCGCUCGCCGGGGGAGGCGGAGGCCCGCGGCCCCGAGGGGCUGCUGCGGCGCUCCGGCUCCGGCUACGAGGGCAGCACCAGCUGGAAGGCGGCCUUGGAGGACACCACCACCCGUCUCCUGCUCGGGGCCAUCGCCGUCCUCCUGUUCGCCAUCCUGGUGGUGAUGAGCAUCUUGGCAUCCAAGGGCUGCAUCAAGUGUGAGGCGCCCUGCCCGGAGGACUGGCUGCUCUACGGCAGGAAGUGCUACUUCUUCUCCGAGGAGCCGAGGGACUGGAACACGGGCCGGCAGUACUGCCACACCCACGAGGCGGCGCUGGCCGUGAUUCAGAGCCCCAAGGAGCUGGAAUUUAUGUUCAAGUUCACGCGGAGGGAGCCCUGGAUCGGCCUUCGCAGAGUCGGGGACGAGUUCCACUGGGUCAACGGGGAGCCCUUUGACCCCGACGCGUUCGCCAUCGCGGGGCUGGGCGAGUGCGUCUUCGUGGAGCCCACCAGGCUGGUGUCGACGGAGUGCCUGAUGACCCGGCCCUGGGUGUGCAGCAAGACGGCCUACACGUGA